AUGCGCGUCAUCCCCACUCUCGAUGGCACCAAGCCGCUCACCAUUGGUGCCUACCAGAUUUAUCAGAAAUUCCAUCGCGAUCUGCCGGCGACGAAGCAGUACGCGUACGGCACGAGUCAGAAGACGGCGUCGUACCCCGGCCCCACCAUCGUGGCCAAGGUGGGCGUCGACACGACGGUGACGUGGGAGAACCACCUGCUCGACAACACGCACAUGUUCACCGUCGAUCGCACCGUCAUGAUGGGCGUCAAGCUUCCGAAGAAGGGCAUCCCCAUCGUUGUGCAUCGCCAUGGCGGCUCCCAGCAGAGCUACUACGACGGACACCCUCUCGCGUGGUUCACUCAGUACGGCGAGAAAGGCCCGACCUUCUACUCGAGCGCGUACAAGUACGUGAACGACGAGGCGUCGACCGUUUGGUACCACGACCACAUGGCGGGCAUGACGCGGCUCAAUGUCGCCGCCGGUCUCGCGGGUCUGUACAUUAUCACGGACCCCAAGGUCGAGUCCAAGUUCACCUGGCUGCCGCCGCCCUCUCGCACCGUGCCGCUCGCCAUCGCGGAUCGCCUCUUCUUCGCGAACGGCUCGGUGAACUACCCGAACGUGGGCAUUGUGCCGAACGUGCAUCCCAACUGGAUCCCCGAGUAUCUCGGCGACACCAACAUGGUCAACGGCGUGGUUUGGCCGUACCUCAAGGUCCGGCCUGCGGUGUACCGGUUCAAGAUGCUGGGUGCGGCGAACGCGCGUUUCUACAAUCUGCAGUUCGUUUGCGCGCAGCGCGGCGACUACCCCAACUUCGUGCCGCCGCUCAAGGGCAAAGUUCUCGACAUCGUUACCAUCGCUACCGACGGAGGCUACUUGGGGAAGCCGGUGACGUCCAAGUCGUUGCUGCUCAUCCCCGGUUCUCGUCUGGACGUGCUCGUUGACUUCUCUAGCCUCCCCGCCACCUGCAAGGACGUGAUUCUCCAAAACACCGCGCCCGCGCCUUUCCCCGCUGGUGUUACGGCUGACCGCGACACCGGGCUUGUCAUGCGCUUCGUCAUCACCAACAAAAAGCGCAUCCCCGCCGCGAAAGUCCCCAGCUCCAUCUCGUACAUGCCGCCGAUCGACUUCAAGAAGAUUGCCAAGGUUCGCUGGCACCGAUUGGUAGAAGAGAUGGAUCCCAAGACGAACCUGCCCGUCCGCGUCACCAUCGACAACCUCGGCUUCAUGGACCCCGUCAGGGACUUCCCCAAGCAGAACACAAACGAGCUGUGGCACAUCAUCAACCUGUCGGCUGACGCGCACCCCUUCCACAUCCACCUCGUCGACCACCGCCCCAUCUCCCGCCGCCCCUUCGACGUCGCCGCGUUCCAGUCGGGCAAGUGCGCGUUCCGCGGGAAGAAGCUGCCGCGCUGCUGGACGGGCCCGCGGGUGAGGGUCGAUCCCACGGAGGCUGGGUGGAAGGACACCACGACGUCGUACCCCGGUCAGGUGCUGACGCUGUGGUUCGGGUGGAAGGAAAACAACGGCAUGCCCUUCACGUUUGACGCGUCGGUCGGCCCGGGCUACGUGUACCAUUGCCACAUGCUGGAUCACGAGGAUAAUGACAUGAUGCGGCCGUUCAAGGUCAUCAAGUGA